UGUCGGCCGGAAGUGCCGUUGCGAAGUCUUGUGGCGCGAGCGGCGUCGUUUCUAAACACAACGCGACGCUGACAGUUACGUGGCAAUGGUCAACAAACACUUUGUCGACGGAUACUGUCGUCAUACUGUCGUCGAGUGAUCGGAGAAGUAAAUGAAGUCUGCAAAUGUCUGUGGUAACAGUUCAGCUGGGUCAGUGCGGGAACCAGGUGGGCCACGAGCUGUUUGACGCCGUCUGCGGCGAUGCCCAGGACGGACAGAGGAAGACAUACAGCUCGGUCAGCUGCGAGCGCUUCUUCCGGCCAAACACACGUGGAGAUCCUGUGGCUAGAGCGGUGCUGAUAGACAUGGAGACUAAAGUGAUCAACCAGAGCAUCACAAAGGCUGCAAAGUCUGGCAGGUGGAGGUAUGGAGACAAGUCCUCCUUCAGCCAGAAGCAGGGGUCCGGAAAUAACUGGGCUAAUGGGUAUUGUGUCCAUGGGCCCCGGCACAGAGAGGUGGUGGAGGACCUGGUGAGGCGAGAGGUGGAGCACUGUGACAGAUUGGCGGGGCUCGUGGCCGUGAUGAGCGUGGCAGGGGGGACAGGGUCCGGGGUCGGCACAUAUGUCACUCAAUGCCUCAGAGACGUCUUCCCAAAAUCCUUCAUCCUCAACCACCUCACCUGGCCGUACGGGACCGGAGAGGUGAUCGUCCAGAACUAUAACUCGGUGCUGACGCUGGCUCACCUCUACCAGCUGUCCGAUGGCAUCCUGGUGCACGAGAAUGACACGGUGCACAGGAUCUGCAGUCACCUCCUCAAAAUCAAAAACAUCUCCUUCAGUGACAUUAACAGGGUCAUUGCUCAUCAGCUGGGCAGCGUGCUGCAGCCUGCACUCACCGCUGACUCCCACGGACUCUACAGCAGAAACCCUUUGGGGGAGCUGGUGAGUGCCCUCGCAUGCCACCCAGAAUACAAGCUGCUCAGUGUGAGUACUAUCCCUCAGAUGCCUACCUCCUCCAUAGCGUACAGCACGUUCAGCUGGCCGGGGCUGCUCAAACACCUGCGGCAGAUGCUCAUCUCCAACAGCAAAAUGGAGGAAGGUAUAGACUGGCAGGUGCGUCCACCUACAGGCUCUGAGCCGACUAGAGGUCUGACCGGAAGCAACUUCAACACAUCUUUGGCCAACUUGCUCAUACUGAGAGGGAAGGAUGUCUACAGUGCAGAGACAGGUGGGUUUGUGGACCCAGCCUUGUACACGUCCUGGCUUUUACCAGAAGAAGCGUUCACUCUUUGGAAAUCCCCAGUGCCUUUUAAUAGGUAUGAAAAAGCUGCGACACUGGUCAGUAACAGCCAGGCUCUGCUCCGACCUCUGGAUGACAUGGUGAGAAAAGCCUGGAAUAUGUUUGCAUCCAGGGCUUACCUCCAUCAGUACGCCAAAUUUGGGAUCUCAGAGGAAGACUUUCUAGUCAGCUUUACAUGUCUUGAGCAAGUCAUCUCCAGCUACAGAGAACUAUCCUAGACAUGGGCAAAUCCAACAAGCUCUGCUUCCUUUUGUGUGCAGAAAAAGGGAGGAACUGUUUCUGUGUUUUGUGAAUUCAGGGUCUCACGUUACAAAUUAUAACUAAUGCAUGUUUACUUCAUGCACAACCCAGAAGAGCUUUGCUCAACUCCAACAAGUACAGGUUUGUAAUAAUGCAUUACAAUUAAAUUGCCAUGUGAAUAAAAGUAACUACUAAGUACUGUAAAUGAA